GCAAAAAGGCAAGAAAGCUGAAAGGAAGUGAUCAAGAAAUACACACUCAGCUGGCACUGAAAAUGGAGGACACCUCUAACCAAACUGCUACUCUUUCCUACGAUCUGGACCUACAGAGCCAAAAUAAUUUUACCAAUGGCACCUCGUCAAACAUCCCUGUUUCUACAGCUCUGGAGCAGGCCAUUAACUGGUUCUGCAUACUCAUCCUUUGUGACACUUUGGUCUCUCUUGGAUGUACAAUGGAGAUCUCCAAGAUAAAAGCCCACAUCGUAAAGCCCAAAGGCGUGGUGAUCGCCAUGCUGGCUCAGUUUGGAGUGAUGCCACUGACGGCCUUCUCAAUGGCUAAACUGUUCAACCUCGGUCUUGGUGCGUCCAUGGCAGUGCUGGUGUGUGGCUGCUGCCCAGGAGGAAUUCUUUCUAAUGUACUGGCCUUUGCUCUUAAUGGGGACAUGAAUCUCAGCAUAGUGAUGACGACCUGCUCGACGUUGGCGGCACUAGGUAUGAUACCCCUGCUGCUUUUCAUUUACUGCCAUGGCUUCUCCAAUGUUUAUGCAGUGCCUUAUGCUGGCAUCUUCCUGGCCUUGAUCUUGACUGUGCUGCCAUGUGCCAUUGGCAUCUAUAUUAACUAUCGUGUCCCAGAGAAGUCCAAACUGGUUGUGAAGGUUGGGCUGGGCAUAAUGGUGGUUGGUUACGUUGUCUUAGGCAUUCUGCUCAGCCUUUUCCUAGGACCAGUCAUCUCGGUCAUUACAGAACCUCCACUCCUGGCCACAGGAGCACUGAUGCCACUUAUUGGAUAUGUACUUGGCUACCUGCUGUCUUACCUCUUCAGUUUUGAUGCACCCUGUAGGAGGACUGUUGCCGUGGAGACAGGUUGCCAAAAUCUCCUUCUCUGCUUCACAAUCCUAGAGGUAGUCUUCGAUCGUGAUGUCAUCGGCCCAUACACUCUUUUCCCUUUUGUCUACUUUUUCUUUCAAAUUCUUGAGGCAUUGGUUUUAAUCAUCAUCCGCAGAUGCUACAAGAAAUCAUCAAAGAAAUCAGAAUUAAAUAAUUGCAGCAGCACCAUUUUGAAUAACUUUACAUGCUCUCAAUAAAAUGUCUGACAUUUCCAGAUUUGUUAAAAAAAUAAUUAUACUGUAGUAUCCCGCA